GCACUGAAGAUCCAGAAUCGUUUCCAUUACAGCGAUCCCAAAACCAGAGAGAGAGAGAGAAGCUCGUAGAUUGCAUCAACAAUGACGUGGUUUUCAAGAGGUGGUGGUGGCGGUGGCGACGACAGCGUCGACGACUUCGACGAGUACGAUCCGACACCCUACGGUGGCGGAUACGACAUCACUCUCACCUACGGUCGACCCAUUCCUCCCUCCGAUGAAACAUGUUACCCAAUUGGAUCCUCUUCCUCCGAUGAAGCUUUCGAUUACGAUCGUCCCCAAUACUCUUCUUACUCCGAACCCUCUGCCUAUGCUGAUGAAGCUCUCGCCACUGAGUAUGGCAGUUAUUCUCGCCCUAAGCCUAGGCCUGCACCUGCUGGAUUCAACCCUGCUGGUGGAUCCGGGUAUAAUCGACCCGGUUCAGAUUUUGGCUCUGGGUAUGGUGGUCAAUCGCAGGAGUCUGGAUACGGGUCCGGGUAUGGUAGGACGCAGGAAUCGGAAUAUGGGUCCGGGUAUGGAGGUAGGAAGCAGGAAUCCGAAUACGGGUCCGGGUAUGGGAGUCAGAAGCAGGAAUCCGAAUAUGGGUCCGGGUAUGGUGGUAGAAAGCAAGAAUCUGAAUACGGGUCCGGGUAUGGUAGGAAGCAGGAAUCAGAAUACGGGUCCGGGUAUGGUGGUCAGAAGCAGGAAUCUGAAUAUGGAUCUGGGUAUGGUGGGAGAAAGCAGGAAUCUGAAUACGGGUCAGAAUAUGGGUCCGGGUAUGGUGGCAGAAAGCAGGAAUCAGAAUAUGGGUCCGGGUAUGGUGGCAGGAAGGAGGAAUCCGAAUAUGGAUCCGGGUAUGGUGACAGAAAGCAGGAAUCAGAAUAUGGGUCCGGGUAUGGUGGCAGGAAGGAGGAAUCCGAAUAUGGAUCCGGGUACGGUGGUAGAAAGCAGGAAUCGGAAUAUGGAUCCGGGUAUGGUGGCCGGAAGCAGGAAUCCGAAUAUGGAUCCGGGUACGGUGGUAGAAAGCAGGAAUCUGAAUAUGGGUCCGGGUAUGGUGGUAGUAAGCAGGAAUCUGAAUACGGGUCAGAAUAUGGAUCCGGGUAUGGUGGAAGGAAGCAGGAGUCUGAAUAUGGAUCCGGCUAUGGUGGUAGGAAACAGGAAUCUGAAUAUGGAUCUGGUUAUGGUGGUGGAAGGAAGCAAGAAUCUGAAUAUGGAUCCGGGUAUGGUGGCAGGAAGACUAGCGGCUAUGGGGAGGAACAGGGUAGUGGAUAUGGCUAUGGAGGAAGGAGUGAGUAUGAGGAGAAACCAAGCUAUGGAAGGAGCCAGGAAGAAGGGGUUGAGUAUGGUUAUGGACGCUCUGAAAGGCGUGGUGAUGAUGAUGAGGGCUAUGGACGUAAGCAAUAUGGAGAUGAAGGCUCUGAAGAUGAUGAGGGAAGGAAGAAGCAUCACCACAAGCAUCACUAUCGCAAGAGUUAUGAUGAUGAGUAAUCAAAAUGGCAGUGGUUGCUGUGUGAAUUAAAGUCAUCCCAUAGUUAUCUACUAAAUAAAGGGUUGACGCAUUACUCUCAUGUCUUGAGCUUUAAGAACUGUUGGUCUAAACUAUAUAUGUGAUCGUUUUGGCUUUGGAGUUAUAAUAAUGUUCGUCAUGUAUGAGUUGGUGUGUUAAAUUAUUUCUCUUA